UUCAGCGUCCAGCUCCUGACCAAACAUCAUCAUCAUCAUCAUCAUCAUCAUCUGUCCUCAACAUGAACGACAACAGCAUCAGAGUCCUGCUGGUCAUCGCCGCGCUGGCCUUCAUUUGCCACGCACAACAAAACCAGUCUGGGCAGCAGUGUCUGUGCUCCUCUGUGAGGAACAAAGUCGAUGUAAGAAGAAACAUCUCAGACAUUCAGAUCUACCCGGCCUCAGACUUCUGCCGCCAAGUCGAGAUUGUCAUCACCAACAAACAGGGCGGACGAUACUGCCUCAACCCCCAGCUCAAAGCCGUCAAGACGUUUCUGACCAGAAUGACCGGGUCAAAGAAGUAAAACGCUGGAGCCUCAAACACAAGACCAGCUUUAAAAAUCUGAGACAACUGACCCCCCUCUGACCUCCCCUUGACCCCUCUCUGACCUCCCUCUGACCUCUCUCUGACCUCCCUCUGACCUCUCUCUGACCUCCCCUUUGACCUCUCUCUGACCUCCCUCUGACCCCCCUCUGACCUCCCUCUGACCCCCCUCUGACCUCCCUCUGACCUCCCUCUGACCUCCCUCUGACCUCCCUCUGACCUCCCUCUGACCUCUCUCUGACCUCCGAGCAGCUCCCCACCGUCACACUGGAUGUACAACGGUGGAAACAGAAGUUUAGUGUUUUACACUGUAGUGUUUUUGAUGUGUCAUUUUAAGCUAAAGGCCACAGGGCAUUUCUGUUUUUACAUUUUUUGUUUUUACAUUUCUGUUUUUACAUUUUUUGUUUUUACAUUUCUGUUUUUACUGUUUAAAUGUUUUUAUAAUUUAAGACUUGAUGUGCAGUAAAUGUUUUAUAUAGACGCAUAAACUUUGUUUUGUUUGCACCACGUUUGAAACGGGGCCAAUGAAAAAGCCUGAGGCCUUCACUGUUCUCUUG